UGUCUCGAUUUCUGUCUGCCAUUAAGAAUAGCGUUUCUCGUCGUCUCGGCGCUCAGGUAUCCCCUCCAGCGUUCGUUCUUGUCACCAGGCAACCGCAACUAGAACCUCAAGGUCGGUAUCAACCUGGUGGAUACCAUCCCGUCCGUCCUGGUGAAAUCUAUAAUCAACGCUAUCGCAUUCUACACAAGCUUGGGUGGGGUCAGUACUCGACUGUAUGGCUAGUUCAAGAUAUGAGGGAUGAGCGUCUAGCGACCAUGAAAAUCUUGGUAGCAGAUUUAACCAAUGAGAAGGCUGGCUACGAUGAGCGCGCUAUGUUGUUAUCUCUGCGUAAAAGAAUCCUCGCUCUCUGGGCUAUCAUCAUAUACGCCACCUCCUUGACGAUUUCAUUCACCAAGGUCCUAAUGGGACUCAUGUCUGUCUAGU